AUGUUUGUAUGCUUACCAGGCAAACAAGUCCCUGAAGAUUUCACUCACAAAGCCAAAGGAAAUUCCAUAACAAUCUCUCCGGGGAUUAUCUCUGCGUCCUCAAGAUUUAAGGCUUGCCUCUUGCUUGCUCCAACCAAACAGGUUUCUUCGAGCACUCAAGUUGUUUGUCGUCUAAGAAGCAAAGGGGUUGUCAUCAAUGAACUUGACCACUCUACGACAUUGUCUUGGAGUCCGAUUUGGUUUGGGUGUCGUGAAAUUCUAACUGAACACCUGAUAGUAUUUUCUGGGGACUUGUUUAAAGAACACAGAUGCGUUGAAGUGGACGCGAGCGAGAUUCAAUUUGAAUUCAGCUACAACCUAUACUAUUUCAAGAAUAUUGUCACCGAUGAUAAGAACAUUGAGUGUGGUGUACAGAUGUUAGCGGAGGAAGGUGAGAGUAGUAGCAAAGAGCAUAGUGAUGGAGCCGUUGAGGUCUCUAAAGAAGAAAGUUCCGUCGAAACCAGUUGGUGGGUUUUUUCUUUUUUUCUUUUCUUUUGGGCUAAAAGGUUGGUUGGGUUGGCUUAA